AGAUCAGAGCCAAGAUGGAGGUUGGUGACUCGGCGAACAAAAGUCAACGGCGGGUAGGGUUGUUAUACGACGAGAGGAUGUGUAAGCACUCCACACCGGACGGUGAUCCUCACCCGGAAAACCCUGACCGGAUUAAGGUCAUCUGGAACAAACUCCAAGCCAAUUCCAUUCCUCAGAGGUGUGUUCUUUUGGAAGCCAAAGAAGCAGAAGACAAACAUAUCUUGGCAGUUCACUCCCAAAAUCAUGUUAAGUUGGUUAAGAAGAUAAGCUCCAGACAGUUUGAUUCAAGAAGAAAUCGAAUUGCAUCUAAUUUGGAUUCGAUAUAUUUGAAUGAAGGAACUUCUGAAGCUGCCUAUCUUGCCGCCGGCUCUGCCAUUGAGGUAACUGAAAGAGUUGCAAAGGGAGAAGUGGACUCUGCUGUGGCUAUUAUCAGGCCUCCAGGACAUCAUGCCGAAGAAGAUGAAGCUAUGGGGUUUUGUCUUUUCAACAAUGUAGCUAUUGCAGCAAGUUAUGUUUUAAAUGAAAAGCCAGAAUUGGGAAUCAAGAAAAUACUGAUAGUUGAUUGGGAUGUGCAUCACGGUAAUGCUACUCAAAAAAUGUUCUGGAAGGAUCCUCGUGUUUUAUUCUUCUCAGUUCAUAGGCAUGAGUUUGGAAGUUUUUAUCCAGCUACGGAUGAUGGUUUUUAUACUAUGAUUGGAGAAGGGCCUGGAGCAGGAUAUAACAUUAAUGUCCCUUGGGAAAAUGGUAGAUGUGGAGAUGCUGAUUAUUUUGCGGUUUGGGAGCAUAUUUUGCUUCCAGUUACCAAAGAAUUCAAUCCCGACUUAAUUAUAGUCUCUGCUGGAUUUGAUGCAGCUGUUGGUGAUCCUUUGGGUGGCUGUCGUAUCACACCAUAUGGAUAUUCAGUUAUGUUGAAGAAGUUGAUGAAUUUUGCCAAUGGAAAGAUCGUGUUGGCUUUAGAAGGAGGAUAUAAUUUCGAGUCUAUUGCAAAGUCAAUGCUUGCUUGUGUUGAAGUUCUGCUAGAGGACAAACCUAUUAUUGGAUCUUCAGAGGCGUACCCAUUUGAGUCUACAUGGCGUGUGAUACAAGCGGUUCGCCAGAAAUUAAGUACUUACUGGCCGUCACUUGCCGAUGAAUUGCCAGAGGAGUUGAUCAAUAAGGCGGCUCCAGCUGCGGUACAUUUCCUCUUCUGUGGACAGGUGGAUGGUUUGCAAAAGCCAUGCGCUGGUUCAGUGGAUAAAUCUCCGCCAAAGGAGAUCAUGUGGAAGACUUUUCCUCAUCGCUUGUUCUUUGGUCGCGAAUUUACUCAGUCAUGGGGUCCUGGAGGGACUGCAUUCCUUGACCCUGAAAGCAGCAGUCAGGAUAAAGCUCACAUGUGUCUGUACAGAAUUACGCUUGAGCAGUUUAAUGAUUUGUUGGUGCAAGAAAAUGUGGGACGCUAUGCCAUGAGCUCUCCUUUGUUUGACCUGGCUGCUUUAAAAUCCGUCACAGGUGAAGAACCUCAUUCCUUAGAGGUUCGCUUAGAGGGUUGGUACCGUAAUGUUGUCUGCUUGGGCAAGGAGCACAACAUUCCCAUUCUGACUAUGACGUGCACACCAUCGGACAUCGAGGGCUUCAAAUCCGGAGAGCUUGCAUUGUGUGCUCCAUCCAAGAAUUAUGCCAACACAAUAGUGAGAGGCUUGGUGGAAGGAGAGCAGCUUUCGCAGGAGGAGGCAAUGUCUUACAUACAAGAAGCUUCUACUAAAGCAUUGUGAACUGGAUUGCAACUUCUUAUCGUUGCAGUAUUUUGUAAAUCUAACAGUGUAACAUUGCUGGGAUCCAAUUGCUGGGAUAGGAUCGUGUAGAUGCUUAUUCAUAGGAUAUUCGAAAACUUUUCUAUGCUACAAUUGCAGUGGUUGCCAAUGAUUAUCAUUUUGGUGCCAUGUUCCGUUUUCGUUUUUCAAUUUCUUCAAGGCCUAUAAAUCUCUUCUUCUUUUGAGAACGUUAAGGCCUAUAAAUCAUGAGAAACCAUUGAAGACAAAAGAUUGCGAAUUUCAAAC